UCUUCUGUCUGUUCUCUCAAAAAAACAUGGCGUCUCUCAUGUCUCUCAGACGAGAAUUAUUCUCUUUGGCAAGGAUACUGAGUGGAGUCUCACAUUUGGGACCGACGAGUUUGAGUGUCUGCUCAGGUCACAGGAAAUGUGGUAUAACCCGGCUUCACCUCCCUCUAACUCCCAGCACUUCUUUCCACACAACGCCUUUGUCAUCAGCAGUACAAUCAACAAUCACAGUCACAGAAGAACCGGACACGCUGUUCCAGAAAGUGGUCAUUUUGGUCAAAGGCCAUGACAGAGCCGUAUUGGACAGCUAUGAGUUCUUUGCCACCAUGGCAGCUAAAGAGCUGGGCAUCACUAUUGGAAAAGUUUUUGAACCUCCAAAGGCCAUAGAGAGAUUAACGCUCCUGAAGUCAAUACACAUCUUCAAAAAACACAGGGUCCAGUAUGAGAUGAGAACUCACUACCGGUGCAUUGAGCUGUAUAACAUAACGGGCUGUACGGCACAAGUAUACCUUGAAUACAUCCAGAGAAAUCUCCCAGAAGGUGUAGCCAUGGAGGUGACAAAGACUGCGAUGGAGAAGAUUCCUGAUCACAUCCUUGAACCACUGUGGAAGGAAAUUCCCACAGAUGACAAGCCCAGCCAGUGAAUGCAGCAUCUGUGGCUAUUUAAUGAGUUUCCUGUAAUUACACUGGGUUGAUGGUUAAAUGCAAACAAAAUGUAUGCCACACACUUGCUCGUGUGCAGAUUUCAACAAUCAUACCAAGGUGACAGUGUGUUGUCUUCUCUGUUGUACAGCUGUGUGAAAAACUGUACACAUC